AUGAACAAUGUGAACGAGUUGGCCAAGGACAAGAAGCAGGACACACUGUUCGGGCCCAACAUCGGGAUCGUCAGUCCCGGCCCUGACUGGGCUUCUAAAGUCGCUGAGAAAGCGAAGACGGAUGAGCUCACGCCAGAGAUAGUAAAGAACUGGAUUGAGAAAAGCAAGGAGGCGAUCCAACCGACGACGACACUUCAAGCCUUGGUUAAUCUCAAACGCCCCACUUUAAAGCUCUCGCCAUUGGAGCUGAAUCCAUCCGACGACCCUUCCCACCCGGAUUCCCACCACCACCAUGCCCUUGAGUUCGAGUACGACUGCGAUGCGCCCAAAUGCGGUAUUUACGUUGAUGUCAUCUUAUCCCCUGAGCAGAAACCCGACGAUGCUACUUCCCGUCUGACGGUCUUCGAUUCUACUUUCGAGGGGGGAUUCGGCAGGCUUCUGAAGCUAGAGGACGGAGCAACGCUCGAGCUCGGACGGUUCGAGCAUCGCACCGGUGCAUCGGAGAUGUCAGAGCCGUCGCAGGACGUCGCCAAGCCAACAAUCCCACCCACUAUUCCUGAACAACAGCCUACCAAUUCGACAACGACAUCGGAGCCUGCUCCGGACGCCCGACAUGAACGCAAACGGCGUUUUACGGGAAUUCAUUUCCGGAAACGCACACACGGGGGCUCGGUUUCCGGGCCUGCGCUGACAGUAAUGGACGUCGAGGCGAACUCUCCGGCUAGUGAGACGACGGAGAAAGCGGUGUCAGAAUCCAAGGAGAGCGAGGAAGGGGUGAGGGUGCUCAUCAGGUUGGUCGCUCUUGAUGAGCAAGGUAUCGAACUCAGCUCGGCAAACGAGCAGAGCACAUACCUGCACGUAGUGCGACUGGGGGCAGCAACACCGAGUGACCAGGACGAUACCAGGCCUUGGGUUGUGAAGGUAGUCAAACGGGAAGCUACUAUCGGGCCGCAUACAUUCCACCUGCAAGAGAUCUACGGCCUCUCUUCCUCGUCUUCUCACAACACCACGCCUCCAGUACCCGCACUACCGUCCCCGACCUUGACGCAGACCCAUACUUAUCCGCCGAUUGCCCCUCCCGUACCCACGCACGAAGAUGAGCCUUCAUCGGAGUGUCUGUUAUGUCUGAGCUCGCCUCGGGAAGUCGUCCUGUUGCCGUGCAGACAUCUGGUCGCGUGCAAGGAAUGUGCCGUGAACAUGAUUGAGUUUGGCGCUGGAGGAACCAUCACGCAUUCCGAAUCCGACCCGGCUUCAGAGUCUGCACCAGCUGGUGGGGAGGCUAAUGCGGCUGCUGAGGGCGCAGCUGAUGGCACGGAUGCCAACGUCACUGUCACCGGUAGUGAAGGGGCUGCGAACGGUGAACCAGUGGAGGGUGCGGCGCCAGCGCCUGUCCCUAUUGCUGUCCAGCCUAUUGCCCCUGUCCCGCAGAAUCCGCGCAGGAAGCGUCGCGCCAAAGGAUGGUUCUGUCCUGUAUGUCGCCAGCCAUACACGUCUCUUCUUCGCAUCACCACCACGCCGCCUGCUUCGUCCGAUAAGUAUGGAAAGCGAGCAUCCACUUCCACUGACGGCGGACACCCUCUGGAAUUUGGCUCCUCCGCACCUGCUCCCGCUUCCCCGCCCGCCGCGAUCGUGGAGAGUCCAUCAUCGAGAGGGUUCCCUCGGCCUUCGUUCUUGAGGGGAUUGUCCCGUAAUGCGUCCGCGAGAGCCGAGGCCUCGCCCGUCUAAACCUCUGCUAGGGAGCUGGUAUGUGUAUGAUUAAUAUGGACUGGUGCCGUCGAACGGUUAGUUUCACGUGUUCAAUAUUGUGUGUAUAUCUUGUUGUUUUACUGUGUGACCCUGUAUUGUUCCGCUUCCAUCGAGUUCUUGAUCUCCCGUUCCUCUGUGCUACCUCAUCUCUGUGUCCACAUAAUUGUGAUCGAUCGAUCCGCCCGUUCUCUCUUGCCACAGCUGAUGCUCGCUCUUGUCACGACCCCUUUCCUUCACGAACUGCUCGAUUUGUCCGCUGUAAGUCUAUUGUUGACCGUUUGUUUUGUCUCGUUUAUCUCCCGAGUCUCAGCUAGUACGCGUAGCAACCCUGAGAUCUUCGUUU